AGUAUCCUUUAUUUAUUUCAAACUGUCUUAGCAUUGUUUAAAAAAGACUAAAAGACUAUUAAAAAAUUAUUUUUUAAACAAUGGUCUUAGUCUUCACUGUUACUAAAUAACAUAAUAUCGUUGCGAUUGAGACCGUAUUGUGUGUAGUACAGUCGUAUUGUUCGCUUCCGUUCUGUAAUCGUUCGUAAAUCUAUUCAGAUUUUGUGUUUGCGUGUUUUUUUGUCUACGUAAGGGCAACAAAACGUAAACAUGUUGUAGUGACAAUGGAAAAGAAACUAGAAGCAUUAGGUAGAAUUGAUAAAGGCGAAUCUUCAAAAACAAUUGCAGCAUCAUAUGGUGUCGGUACAUCUACAGUAUCGGAUUGGAAGAAAAACAGAACUAAAAUCGAAGAAUUUUGUUUCAAAAUGAUAACAAAAGACAGUUUGGACAAUCGGCGCAAAGCUAACAAAGCUAAAAAUGAGACUCUCGACGACACUUUGUAUGUGUGGUUUUGUACGGAAUGCGAACGUGGUUUACCAGUGUCUGGACCAUUUAUUCAAGAAUCAGUACUCAAGCUGAAUAAAAUGUUGCCUGAUUGUGAACCAAAUUUCACUGCGAGUCAAGGUUGGCUGAAUAGAUAGAAAAAACGUCAUGGAAUACGCCAACUAUCUGUAAGUAUACCGUAUUUUGUUAAUUUUUACCAUUUUCUCCGGCUAACCCGGAUUUUCGAUAACCCGGAUCGGCCGCGGUCCCGAUUAAUCCGAGUUAACGAGGUUCCACUGUAA